AUGGCGUCCAGAUUGGCGAGGAGUGCAGCAGGAGCCACCAGACUCCGACCAACCCUCUCGAUCCGAUCUCUUCCAUCCCUCAGCACACCAUUGACUUCGAUCCGAUAUGCCUCCAAUGUUCCCUCAGAAGACCCCAAGAAGAAGGCACAGUCAAUAAUCGACUCUCUUCCCGGAAACUCGAUCGCCAGCAAGACCGCAAUUCUCUCUGCUGGUGCGGGCGUUUCGGUUUGGGCCAUCAGCAAUGAACUUUACGUGAUGAACGAGGAGACGGUCGUUGCAUUCUGCUUGUUGAGCGUGUUCUACGGCAUUUUCCGAUACGGAGGUCCGAUGUACAAGGAAUGGGCGGACACUCAGGUUCAGAAGAUCAAGGAUUUGCUUUAUGAAGCGAGAUCGAACCAUGCUGCUUCAGUCAAGGAAAGAAUCGAGGACGUCAAGCCAUUGAACAACGUCGUUGAGAUCACCAAGCAGCUUUUUGAGGUUUCAAAGGAGACCGCCAAACUCGAGGCACAAGCUUUCGAAAUGGAACAAAAGACCGCGUUGGCCACCGAAGCAAAGACCGUGUUGGAUUCAUGGGUGCGAUACGAGGGACAGGUCAAGCAGCGUCAACAGAAAGAAUUGGCCGACAGCAUUAUUGCUAAGGUCACCAAGGAACUCGAAAACCCCAAGGUUCUGCAACAGAUUCUGCAGCAGAGUGUUGCUGAUGUGGAGAAAUUGGUUUCCAGCAAAGCUCAAUAG